AGCACAGACCAUAUGCUCUAAACCUUGACCAAUUCAAGUCCUUCACCUUCCUCUCAUUUGUCAGCUACAUUAAGGUCUUUCGACUUGCUCUAAUCUGCAAUUUCUCAGCUCAAAACUUCAAUGGCUUUAGCAGUUUCUUUAGCCUUGUUCCUUGUCUUCUUGUUUCCCAUUUACUCUCUGGUUCAGGGAGUUGAAUUCCUGUUCAAUGGGUUCAAUGGAAGUGAAUCAAAUCUGACCCUGGAGGGGGCUUCUAUAGUCAAGCCCUCUGGUAUGAUCAGGCUCACUAACAAAUCACAUGAUAUUAUAGGCCAUGCAUUCUAUGACAAACCUAUAAACAUGUUUGACAAAAACAAUUCUUCAAACCCCAAUGCUUCUUUCAGCACACAUUUUGUUUUUGCAAUAGUCUCAUCAAGCCCCGGCAAAGGUGGCUUUGGCCUAGCCUUCACACUGGCUCCCUCUCCACGGUUCCCCGGGGCUGAACCCGGGCACUUCCUUGGGAUUGUCAACUCUAAAAAUGACAAUAGCUCUUCGAACCACAUCUUUGCUGUUGAAUUCGAUACGGUAAACGGGUUCAAGGAAAACUCCAACACUGCAGGAAACCAUGUUGGCAUCAACAUUAACAGUGUGUACUCUGUGGCAUCUGAACCAGCUGCUUACUUUGUCGCAGGUGCGCACAAAGAAGAAAUGGACUUGGAGAGCGGUGAUCUUAUCCAAGCUUGGAUAGAUUAUGAUGGCAAAACUCAAAUUGUGAAUGUCACAAUUGCUCCCAUAGAUAAGAACAAACCAGAGAAACCACUAUUGUCCCAUCAUGUCAUGGAUGGGAUGCCAAGUCAACUCAACAUUUCCCAGCUUCCUAACCCACCAAAAGAGAAAAGUUCAUCCUCUGGCAAGCCCCAGAUUAAGGCUCUUAUUGUGGCCUUAUCGGUUGCGGUCUUCGUGUUAACACCUCCCAACGCGGUAAAUGAACAUUUAUAUAUAAUUCCAUUAUCUCUUGGACAAUUAAUUGCAAAGUGCCUCAAGAAAUCUCAGUUCCCUAUUGGCAGGGUUGUUUACCUUUGUUGCUGCCUUGGCCCUCAGCUUAGGACAGACAACAGUCUCAAAACCUUGACCAAUUCAAGUCCUUCACCUUCCUCUCACUCCUCAGCUACAUUAAGGUCUUUCGACUUGCUCCAAUCUGCAAUUUCUCAGCUCAAAACUUCAAUGGCUUUAGCAGUUUCUUUAGCCUUGUUCCUUGUCUUCUUGUUUCCCAUUUGCUCUCUGGUUCAGGGAGUUGAAUUCCUGUUCAAUGGGUUCAAUGGAAGUGAAUCAAAUCUGACCCUGGAGGGGGCUUCUAUAGUCAAGCCCUCUGGUAUGAUCAGGCUCACUAACAAAUCACAUGAUAUUAUAGGCCAUGCAUUCUAUGACAAACCUAUAAACAUGUUCGACAAAAACUCUUCUUCAUACCCCAAUGCUUCUUUCAGCACACAUUUUGUUUUUGCAAUAGUCUCAUCAAGCCCCGGCAAAGGUGGCUUUGGCCUAGCCUUCACACUGGCUCCCUCUCCACGGUUCCCCGGGGCUGAACCCGGGCACUUCCUUGGGAUUGUCAACUCUAAAAAUGACAAUAGCUCUUCGAACCACAUCUUUGCUGUUGAAUUCGAUACGGUAAACGGGUUCAAGGAAAACUCCAACACUGCAGGAAACCAUGUUGGCAUCAACAUUAACAGUGUGUACUCUGUGGCAUCUGAACCAGCUGCUUACUUUGUCGCAGGUGCGCACAAAGAAGAAAUGGACUUGGAGAGCGGUGAUCUUAUCCAAGCUUGGAUAGAUUAUGAUGGCAAAACUCAAAUUGUGAAUGUCACAAUUGCAUGGAGUUUUGCAGUGGAUGGGAUGCCAAGUCAACUCAACCUUUCCCAGCUUCCUAACCCACCAAAAGAGAAAAGUUCAUCCUCUUACAAACCCCAGAUUAAGGCUCUUAUCGUGGCCUUAUCGGUUGUGGUCUUCGUGUUGUUGGGAAUUUUGUUCUUCUUUACCUUGUAUAGAAAAAUGGUGGGAUUUGAGUCUGAGAGUCUUGAGGAUUGGGAGCUGGAUUGUCCUCACAGGUUCAAGUACAAGGAUCUUCAUGCAGCAACAAAGGGUUUCAAAGCCUCUGGUGUGAUUGGAGCCGGCGGCUUUGGUGAAGUUUACAAAGGUGACUUAGCUUCUACUGGAUGUGAAAUUGCAGUUAAGAAGAUCACAAGAAAUUCCAUUCAAGGAAUGAGGGAAUUUGCGGCAGAAAUCGAGAGCUUGGGACGAUUGAGGCACAAGAAUUUGGUCCAUCUCCUAGGCUGGUGCAAGAAAAAGAACAACCUCCUUAUAGUCUACGAUUACAUCCCAUAUGGAAGCCUUGACACACUCGUUUUCGAGCCCAGAGGCAACUUUGUAUUGAGCUGGGAGCAAAGAUUCAACAUCCUCAAAGGCAUUGCCUCCGGAUUGUUGUAUCUACAUGAAGAAUGGGAGCAAGUGGUGAUUCACAGAGACGUGAAGUCGAGCAACGUCUUGAUAGAUGUAGACAUGAACCCCCGGCUAAGCGACUUUGGUCUUGCCAGGCUCUAUGAUCACGGGGAAAUAUCACACACAACAGGUGUGGUUGGUACAAUUGGGUACAUUGCCCCUGAAUUGGCUCGCACAGGGAAGGCCUCCACAUGCUCUGAUGUGUUCGCAUAUGGGGUUUUGCUCCUUGAAGUGGCUUGUGGGCAAAGACCUAUCGGCUCAGGCGAAUUCAUUCUGGCGGAUUGGGUGAUGGAGAAGCAUAAAGAGGAUCGCAUACUAGAAACCGUUGAUCCGAACUUGGAUUCGAAUUAUGUUGUUAAGGAGAUGAAGUUGGUGCUGGAGCUGGGUUUGAUUUGCUCUCACUACAAACCAGACGCUAGGCCUACAAUGAGACAAGUGGUACGAUAUCUCCACGAGGAUGAGGAGCUCCCAGAAAUCGACAACUGGAGCAUUGUUGAUUCUGGACGGAUCAGUGAAACGAACGCAAGAUUUAUGCAGCUCCUUUCGACUGAUACAAUCACAUCGUAUCAGUCAUCAUCCGUAGGUGGGAUCUCUUGCAGUUCCAUGAGCGGUGGCAGAUAACAGUGGUUUUACGCUUUCAAUUUUUGCUCCCCAUUCUUUUUAUUUCUGAUUUAUUAUUGGGGGAGAUUCAAUUCAAAUCAAGCAUUGUAACAUUUGGCUAAAAUUCAUU